AUGUUUGAGAUGAUGCUGGAGGGCUGCGGGCGGACUGCUCCUGGAGAAGAUGGGUGUGUUGUGUGAUGUUUAAGCAUGCACCGAACAGUGUGUUGGAAGCAGUGUUAGGGUUGUAUAAUAAGGUGUGGAGGACUGGGGUGAUACCUGCCGGGGAAAAUGUGCGGUGGUGUUGCCGUUUGUAAAACCAGGUAAAGAUUCCGCUAGGGUGGGCAGUUACAGUGGGGGAAAAAAGUAUUUAGUCAGCCACCAAUUGUGCACGUUCUCCCACUUAAAAAGAUGAGAGAGGCCUGUAAUUUUCAUCAUAGGUACACGUCAACUAUGACAGACAAAUUGAGAAAAAAAAAAUCCAGAAAAUCACAUUGUAGGAUUUUUAAUGAAUUUAUUUGCAAAUUAUGGUGGAAAAUAAGUAUUUGGUCACCUACAAAUAAGCAAGAUUUCUGGCUCUCACAGACCUGUAACUUCUUCUUUAAGAGGCUCCUCUGUCCUCCACUCGUUACCUGUAUUAAUGGCACCUGUUUGAACUUGUUAUCAGUAUAAAAGACACCUGUCCACAACCUCAAACAGUCACACUCCAAACUUCACUAUGGCCAAGACCAAAGAGCUGUCAAAGGACACCAGAAACAAAAUUGUAGACCUGCACCAGGCUGGGAAGACUGAAUCUGCAAUAGGUAAGCAGCUUGGUUUGAAGAAAUCAACUGUGGGAGCAAUUAUUAGGAAAUGGAAGACAUACAAGACCACUGAUAAUCUCCCUCGAUCUGGGGCUCCACGCAAGAUCUCACCCCGUGGGGUCAAAAUGAUCACAAGAACGGUGAGCAAAAAUCCCAGAACCACACGGGGGGACCUAGUGAAUGACCUGCAGAGAGCUGGGACCAAAGUAACAAAGCCUACCAUCAGUAACACACUACGCCGCCAGGGACUCAAAUCCUGCAGUGCGAAACGUGUCCCCCUGCUUAAGCCAGUACAUGUCCAGGCCCGUCUGAAGUUUGCUAGAGUGCAUUUGGAUGAUCCAGAAGAGGAUUGGGAGAAUGUCAUAUGGUCAGAUGAAACCAAAAUAGAACUUGUUGGUAAAAACUCAACUAGUCGUGUUUGGAGGACAAAGAAUGCUGAGUUGCAUCCAAAGAACACCAUACCUACUGUGAAGCAUGGGGGUGGAAACAUCAUGCUUUGGGGCUGUUUUUCUGCAAAGGGACCAGGACGACUGAUCCGUGUAAAGGAAAGAAUGAAUGGGGCCAUGUAUCGUGAGAUUUUGAGUGAAAACCUCCUUCCAUCAGCAAGGGCAUUGAAGAUGAAACGUGGCUGGGUCUUUCAGCAUGACAAUGAUCCCAAACACACCGCCCGGGCAAUGAAGGAGUGGCUUCGUAAGAAGCAUUUCAAGGUCCUGGAGUGGCCUAGCCAGUCUCCAGAUCUCAACCCCAUAGAAAAUCUUUGGAGGGAGUUGAAAGUCUGUGUUUCCCAGCGACAGCCCCAAAACAUCACUGCUCUAGAGGAGAUCUGCAUGGAGGAAUGGGCAAAAAUACCAGCAACAGUGUGUGAAAACCUUGUGAAGACUUACAGAAAACGUUUGACCUGUGCCAUUGCCAACAAAGGGUUUAUAACAAAGUAUUGAGAAACUUUUGUUAUUGACCAAAUACUUAUUUUCCACCAUAAUUUGCAAAUAAAUUCAUAAAAAAUCCUACAAUGUGAUUUUCUGGAAAAAAAAUUCUCAUUUUGUCUGUCAUAGUUGACGUGUACCUAUGAUGAAAAUUACAGGCCUCUCUCAUCUUUUUAACUGGGAGAACUUGCACAAUUGGUGGCUGACUAAAUACUUUUUUUUCCCCACUGUAUAGGCCUAUCGUGCUGAUAUCCAACAUGUGUAAAUUGAUGGAAAAGAUUAUAGUGAGUAGGAUUAUGUAUUUCUUGGAAGUUAGGGGUUUGAUGAGCGUACAGUAGCACAGAGUGGGUUCAGGAGAGGGAGGUCUGCCAUGGAUGACCUGGUGACAGUUAGUACAGCGAUAGCCAAGGCCCUGACAAUAAAAGAGGUGAUGAGUGUUGUGUAUUUUGACAUUGAAAAAGCUUAUUAUACAAUGUAGAGGGAAGGAUUGUUGAUCAAGUUGAGUGCAUUGGGCAUUGGGGGACAUCUGUAUAACUGGAUCAUGGACUUCAUGCUCGAUCGAGUCAUACGGGUGAGGGUGGGGUCAGAAUUGUCAAUGCGGUUUGAAUUGGACAAUGGUACUCCUCAGGGAAGUGUGGUUAGUCCGGUGUUGUUCACCCUGAUGAUAGAUGACAUAUUUAAGGAGGUGGGACAGGGAGUGGGUAUGGCCUUGUAUGCCAAUGAUGGGUCUGUAUGGAAGAGAGGUGGGAAUGUGAAAUACAGUGGGGAAAAAAAGUAUUUAGUCAGCCACCAAUUGUGCAAGUUCUCCCACUUAAAAAGAUGAGAGAGGCCUGUAAUUUUCAUCAUAGGUACACGUCAACUAUGACAGACAAAAUGAGAAAAAAAAAUCCAGAAAAUCACAUUGUAGGAUUUUUUAUGAAUUUAUUUGCAAAUUAUGGUGGAAAAUAAGUAUUUGGUCAAUAACAAAAGUUUCUCAAUACUUUGUUAUAAACCCUUUGUUGGCAAUGGCACAGGUCAAACGUUUUCUGUAAGUCUUCACAAGGUUUUCACACACUGUUGCUGGUAUUUUUGCCCAUUCCUCCAUGCAGAUCUCCUCUAGAGCAGUGAUGUUUUGGGGCUGUCGCUGGGAAACACAGACUUUCAACUCCCUCCAAAGAUUUUCUAUGGGGUUGAGAUCUGGAGACUGGCUAGGCCACUCCAGGACCUUGAAAUGCUUCUUACGAAGCCACUCCUUCAUUGCCCGGGCGGUGUGUUUGGGAUCAUUGUCAUGCUGAAAGACCCAGCCACGUUUCAUCUUCAAUGCCCUUGCUGAUGGAAGGAGGUUUUCACUCAAAAUCUCACGAUACAUGGCCCCAUUCAUUCUUUCCUUUACACGGAUCAGUCGUCCUGGUCCCUUUGCAGAAAAACAGCCCCAAAGCAUGAUGUUUCCACCCCCAUGCUUCACAGUAGGUAUGGUGUUCUUUGGAUGCAACUCAGCAUUCUUUGUCCUCCAAACACGACUAGUUGAGUUUUUACCAACAAGUUCUAUUUUGGUUUCAUCUGACCAUAUGACAUUCUCCCAAUCCUCUUCUGGAUCAUCCAAAUGCACUCUAGCAAACUUCAGACGGGCCUGGACAUGUACUGGCUUAAGCAGGGGGACACGUUUCGCACUGCAGGAUUUGAGUCCCUGGCGGCGUAGUGUGUUACUGAUGGUAGGCUUUGUUACUUUGGUCCCAGCUCUCUGCAGGUCAUUCACUAGGUCCCCCCGUGUGGUUCUGGGAUUUUUGCUCACCGUUCUUGUGAUCAUUUUGACCCCACGGGGUGAGAUCUUGCGUGGAGCCCCAGAUCGAGGGAGAUUAUCAGUGGUCUUGUAUGUCUUCCAUUUCCUAAUAAUUGCUCCCACAGUUGAUUUCUUCAAACCAAGCUGCUUACCUAUUGCAGAUUCAGUCUUCCCAGCCUGGUGCAGGUCUACAAUUUUGUUUCUGGUGUCCUUUGACAGCUCUUUGGUCUUGGCCAUAGUGAAGUUUGGAGUGUGACUGUUUGAGGUUGUGGACAGGUGUCUUUUAUACUGAUAACAAGUUCAAACAGGUGCCAUUAAUACAGGUAACGAGUGGAGGACAGAGGAGCCUCUUAAAGAAGAAGUUACAGGUCUGUGAGAGCCAGAAAUCUUGCUUAUUUGUAGGUGACCAAAUACUUAUUUUCCACCAUAAUUUGCAAAUAAAUUCAUUAAAAAUCCUACAAUGUGAUUUUCUGGAAAAAAAAAUCUCAAUUUGUCUGUCAUAGUUGACGUGUACCUAUGAUGAAAAUUACAGGCCUCUCUCAUCUUUUUAAGUGGGAGAACGUGCACAAUUGGUGGCUGACUAAAUACUUUUUUUCCCCACUCUAUGUGAUGAGGAAGAUGCAAGAAGCUGUGGGAAGAUUGGUCUCUAACAUGGGGGUUUAGGAUAUCUGUGGCCAAGUCCUGCUUCAUGGUGUUUUCUAGCAAGAAGGUUAAAGAUGUUAGGGCUGCAAAUAUACAGUCAGGAUAUAGGUAGGGUGUCUGAGUUUAAGUAUUUAUGUAUGUGGUUUGAUGAGAGGCUUACGUGGACAUGUUGAGUAUAUUGGAAUUAAGUGUAGGAAGGUGCUGAACAUCAUGAGGGCAGUGGCAGGCAGUGGAGGCUGCUGAGGGGAGGACUGCUCAUAAUAAUGGCUGGAACAGAGGGAAUGGAAUGGCAUUAAACACAUUUAACUAUGUGUUUGUAGUAUUUGAUACCAAUCCACUGAUUCCGCUCCAGCCAUUACCACGAGCCUGUCCACCCCAACUAAGGUGCCACCAACCUCCUCUGUUAGCAGGAUAUGAUUGGGGGUCGGAUAGACAAACAUUAUUGUAUAUGUACCAGUUAUUGAUCAGGUCAUCUUUGGAUUAUGGGUGCUUUGUACAGUAUAUGGAUCGGCAGCCAAAACUGUACUACAGCGCCUUGAUAGGAUACAGUCAAGGGCCUUGAGAUUGUGUAUGGGUGCCUUCAGAACGACACCUGUUGAGGCAUUGCAGCUUGCAGGUGGAUAUUGGGGAACUGCCACUGAGGAUAAGGCGGGACAAACUUGCAUUAGCGUACAUGGGCGAGGUUGAAAUGGAGUUCAGAAGGACAUCCUGUGGUCAUGGCAACUGGGGAAUGCUGGGAGCGAGGAGGGGGUAAGCAGAGGGCGUACGGUUGGACAAUCGGGCAGAAGGUGGUAGAAUAUGGACUGGGGGAGAGAGAGAUAGGGCCGGCAAUUGCAUUGGGGAACAUUCUUCCGUGUCUGUUUCUGAAACCAAGUGUAGAUGUGGACAUGAUUGAGGGCAGGAAAGAAUGGGGUGAGGACGUGAGAUGGUGUGUGGAGAGAUAUAUAUUGUAAAAAAAAUUAAAAUAUAUAGAUAAUCAUUUUUAUUCGUUUUUAAGGAUAUAUACAGAUGGUUCAAAGGAUCCAGUCAGUGGUAGGGUGGGGGCUGGGGUGUAUAUUCCAGAUUUCAAUGUUAGAGUAUGUAAGCGGUUAACUGAUGUGUCAGUGUAUGCGGGACUAAUUAAGAUAAUUGUAUAUAGUUAGGCAGUGACUGGCCUCACACUCCAGUACAGUAGGUGGCAGUGUAUAAACCUUAAAAGUUGGAUGCGAUCCGCUAACCCAAUCCCAAAAAAGAAGAAGGCCAUGUGAGUCUAUGAGGCCAUGGGAGAUUGAGACUCCAUCUGCUGGUCUUCAGAUAUAACUGCAAAUGAUGUCUUGAAUGGUGUAAACUCUCUUGGACAGACGCUGAUGGUGCGCGGGUCAGCUGUUUGUUCACCCAAAUCAAAUCAAAAUCAAAUCAAAUGUAUUGGUCAUAUACACAUGGAUAGCAUAUGUUAUUGCGAGUGCAGCGAAACGCUUGUGCUUUUAGUUCCGACAGUGCAGCAAUAUCUAGCAAGUAAUAUCUAACAGUUCUACAACAAAAACCUAAUACACACAAAUCUAAGUAAAUAUAUGGAUGAGCAAUGUCAUUAUCAGAGUAGCAUAGUCUAAGAUGCAAUAGAUAGUAUAGAAUACAGUAUAUACAUAUGAGAUGGGUAAUGCAAGAUAUGUAAACAUUAUUAAGAUAGUAUAGAAUACAGUAUAUACAUAUGAGAUGGUUAAUGCAAGAUAUGUAAACAUUAAAGUGGUAUUAUUAAAGUGACUAUUGUUCCCUUUAUUAAAGUGGCCAGUGAUUUUCAAGUCUGUAUGUAGGCAGCAGCCUCUCUGUACUAGUGAUGGCUGUUUAACAGUCUGAUGGCCUUGAGAUAGAAGCUGUUUUUCAGUCUCUCGGUCACAGCUUUGAUGCACCUGUACUGACCUCGCCUUCUGGAUGAUAGCGGGGUGAACAGGCAGUGGCUCGGGUGGUAGUUGUCCUUGAUUAUCUUUUUGGCCUUCCUGUGACAUCGGAUGCUGUAGGUGUCCUGGGGGGCGGGUAGUUUGCCCACGGUGAUGCGUUGUGCAGACCGCAACACCCUCUGGAGAGCCCUGCGGUUGUGGGCGGUGCAGUUGCCGUACCAGGCGGUGAUACAGCCCAACAGAAUGCUCUCAAUUGUGCAUCUGUAAAAGUUUUAGGUGACAGACCACAUUUCUUCAGCCUCCUGAGGUUGAAGAGACGCUGUUGCGCCUUCUUCACCACACUGUCUGUGUGGGUGGACCAUUUCAGUUUGUCAGUGAUAUGUACGCAUAGGAACUUAAAACUUUCCACCUUCUCCACUGCUGUCCCUAACUGCACAUUCAGGCAUUCUCUCAAGAUGCUGAAAUAAAUAAAUCAUAUUUCUCCACUCCUUUACAUUUGGUGUAUCAAUUUACUGCAAGAAAUGCUUAAUUUCUACAGGAGUCAAUAUAAAGGCUAUGUGAGAGGUUAUAGACCUACAGUCAGUGUCCAGAUUUCAGUUUCCAUUUAACCCAUCUGAACAGUAGGCUACAGUUGUAUAGCUUAUCACAAUCAUCACACAUAACAUUCACUGCUACCAUGCUCUUUUACCACUUCACUAAAUCUUUCCCGAACAUUAGUUUCUGGCUCUACCUUCUCACUGUUUUCAACUCUCCAUUUAGCAGCUUUCCUCUUAGGGACAGAUCGAAAUUUACUGGAGGUGGGGGGGACCUGGUCCAACUCCAAGAAGUCCACAAAGCAUAUUGCAUGUACAGUAACAGACAGUUACAUGUCCUACAGCAUGGUCAAGCAAGAUCAUGUUUCCGACAUUUUCGGACCACUAAACAACUAUUGAUUUAGAACCACAGAGAGUUACCGCAAGUCGCAAAGAAAACAGGAGCUUCCUCCACUAUUCCAGCAACAUUUCAAUUUCAACAUCAUCAAAUCAUCUAUGCUUAGUCUAAUACAACUAAUAGAUACCAAAAACAAUUUAGUCCAAUCAACGUAAGCUAAAUAUGAUGUGGCUGUCCAUGAUUCUGAUUUCUGUGUGUGUGUGUGCAUGUGCGUGUGCGUGUGCGUGUGUGUGUGUGUUUAUGUGUGUGCGUGUGUGUCCGUGCAAGUAGAAAAACAUGUUGACUCACCCUACUUGUAGAGAAACGCCAAUGCCAUCCUCCUCUAUGUCAUACAGUACACACUUUUAUUUUUUGUUGUCCUAGGCUACCUGGCUAAAAUGCUUGCUCACUAGCCUAACUUCCAUUCAUGGGCAACGUUAGCUAGUUAACAUUAGCCUUCAACAUCUAGCUACAUAUUGAACUUCCAUCCUCUCAGGCCAGGGGCAGAACAAUGUAUGAAUUAAUGGUUGGAUCAGAAUCGGCGUUAUAAUCAUUGGUCAGUACGGAGAACAUGUCGGACAUACGCACCACCAACACAGGCUCUCCUCAGGGAUGUGUUUUGUCCCCACUCCUGUACAUCUUGUACACUAAUAGUUGUACUAGUUUCCAUCCUGACAGACACCUCGUUAAGUUCGCUGAUGACACUGCCUUGAUCAGCCUGUUGCAUGAUGAUCAGGAACACCAUGGCCCUGUCCUAAAUGACUUUGUAGAGUGGUGUGACGAAUCACACUUGUUCCUCAAUACCAACAAGACCAAAGAGAUGUGCAUAGACUUCAGGAAGCGUACAACACCUACCUCUGCAACAUCUAUCGGAGGUCAGAACAUAGAGAUUGUAGAGGAAUACAAAUACAGUGGGGAAAAUAAGUAUUUAGUCAGCCACCAAUUGUGCAAGUUCUCCCACUUAAAAAGAUGAGAGAGGCCUGUAAUUUUCAUCAUAGGUACACGUCAACUAUGACAGACAAAAUGAGGAAAAAAAAUCCAGAAAAUCACAUUGUAGGAUUUUUUAUGAAUUUAUUUGCAAAUUAUGGUGGAAAAUAAGUAUUUGGUCAAUAACAAAAGUUUCUCAAUACUUUGUUAUAUACCCUUUGUUGGCAAUGACACAGGUCAAACGUUUUCUGUAAGUCUUCACAAGGUUUUCACACACUGUUGCUGGUAUUUUGGCCCAUUCCUCCAUGCAGAUCUCCUCUAGAGCAGUGAUGUUUUGGGGCUGUCGCUGGGCAACACGGACUUUCAACUCCCUCCAAAGAUUUUCUAUGGGGUUGAGAUCUGGAGACUGGCUAGGCCACUCCAGGACCUUGAAAUGCUUCUUACGAAGCCACUCCUUCGUUGCCCGGGCGGUGUGUUUGGGAUCAUUGUCAUGCUGAAAGACCCAGCCACGUUUCAUCUUCAAUGCCCUUGCUGAUGGAAGGAGGUUUUCACUCAAAAUCUCACGAUACAUGGCCCCAUUCAUUCUUUCCUUUACACGGAUCAGUCGUCCUGGUCCAUUUGCAGAAAAACAGCCCCAAAGCAUGAUGUUUCCACCCCCAUACUUCACAGUAGGUAUGGUGUUCUUUGGAUGCAACUCAGCAUUCUUUGUCCUCCAAACACGUCAAGUUAAGUUUUUACCAAAAAGUUAUAUUUUGGUUUCAUCUGACCAUAUGACAUUCUCCCAAUCCUCUUCUGGAUCAUCCAAAUGCACUCUAGCAAACUUCAGACGGGCCUGGACAUGUACUGGCUUAAGCAGGGGGACACGUCUAGCACUGCAGGAUUUGAGUCCCUGGCGGCGUAGUGUGUUACUGAUGGUAGGCUUUGUUACUUUGGUCCCAGCUCUCUGCAGGUCAUUCACUAGGUCCCCUCGUGUGGUUCUGGGAUUUUUAGUCACCGUUCUUGUGAUCAUUUUGACCCCACGGGGUGAGAUCUUGCGUGGAGCCCCAGAUCGAGGGAGAUUAUCAGUGGUCUUGUAUGUCUUCCAUUUCCUAAUAAUUGCUCCCACAGUUGAUUUCUUCAAACCAAGCUGCUUACCUAUUGCAGAUUCAGUCUUCCCAGCCUGGUGCAGGUCUACAAUUUUGUUUCUGGUGUCCUUUGACAGCUCUUUGGUCUUGGCCAUAGUGGAGUUUGGAGUGUGACUGUUUGAGGUUGUGGACAGGUGUCUUUUAUACUGAUAACAAGUUCAAACAGGUGCCAUUAAUACAGGUAACGAGUGGAGGACAGCGGAGCCUCUUAAAGAAGAAGUUACAGGUCUGUGAGAGCCAGAAAUCUUGCUUGUUUGUAGGUGACCAAAUACUUAUUUUCCACCAUAAUUUGCAAAUAAAUUCAUUAAAAAUCCUACAAUGUGAUUUUCUGGAGAAAAAAAAUCUCAAUUUGUCUCUCAUAGUUGACGUGUACCUAUGAUGAAAAUGACAGGCCUCUCUCAUCUUUUUAAGUGGGAGAACUUGCACAAUUGGUGGCUGUCUAAAUACUUUUUUUCCCCACUGUAUAUCUCAAAUCAUCAGUCAGGAAGUUAAACCUUGGUCGCAAAUGGGUCUUGCAAAUGGACAAUGUCCCCAAGGAUACUUCCAAAGUUGUGGCAAAAUGGCUUAAGGACAACAAAGUCAAGGUAUUGGAGUGGCCAUCACAGAGCCCUGACCUCAAUCCUAUACGAAAUUUGUGGGCAGAACUGAAAAAGCGUGUGCGAGCAAGGAGGCCUACAAACCUGACUCAGUUACACCAGCUCUGUCAGGAGGAAUGGGACAAAAUUCACCCAACUUAUUGUGGGAAGCUUGUGAAAGGCUACCCGAAACAUUUGACCCUAGUUAAACAAUGUAAAGGCAAUGCUACCAAAUACUAAUUGAGUGUAUGUAAACUUCUGACCCACUGGGAAUGUGAUGAAAGAAAUAAAAGCUGAAAGAAAUCAUUCUCUGUACUAUUAUUUUGACAUUUCACAUUCUUAAAAUAAAGUGGUGAUCCUAACUGACCUAAGAAAGGGAAUUUUUAUUAGGAUUAAAUGUCAGGAAUUGUGAAAGACUGAUUUUAAAUGUAUUUGGCUAAGGUGUAUAUAAACUUCCGACUUCAACUGUAAAUAGGCUAAUGUUAUUUAUUUUACAACAUACCUACUUAUAACCUAUGGUAAACUAAAUACAGAGAGCACAAUUAAAAAGACAGAUCAAAUGUAAUUUAGCCAAUUAAAAAAUGUCUUAACAGAAUUACACAAAACAGGUUUUGCAUAUUAAAAGAACUGGUUUCGAUUAAUAAAUAGGCUUACAAUAAUAAAACCAUGAUAUACAAUAAUAAUAAUGAAAAAACAAAUGAUUAUAAACAAAUAAAUGGAUUCCUACCUGAAUAGGGAGUUGAAUAGUCGCCUGCAUUAUUCUCAUCUUAGUCCACUACAUUAUUAAAAUGUGUGUAGGCUUUUCACUAUAGGCAUACACUUUGUCCUCUAACUUUUGUUUUACUUAAAGAAAAAGGCCUCCUCUUCGCAAUCAACAGCAGCCUAGGCCAAGGCUCCUCUGUUGCUCUCUCUCUCCUCAGCAGCAGGCACAAGGGCUAGCAAGGUGUGAGAGAAUGUUGCUGAAGCAUGAAUUGGUGGUGUAGGCGACAGCCUCUGCUGGACUAUAUGGCCUGCUACAAUUCUAUUUAUCUUUAAAAAUAUAUAUAUUGGUCAAAUGCCAUCAAUUAUCAGCUAAGAGAAACCCUGGAGCAUUUUCCCAUCAGAGUUUUGUUUCCAUCAAAUUGACUUUUUGCAGUUAAAAGUAUGUGUGUAAAUAUAUAGUGCACAUAAAAAUACCUUUUGAGGUUACAUUUCCAUGUACCAAAUAAAAAAUACAAGUUAAAUGUGUUUCCCUCGCAUUUUCAACUCUAGGUUUACUGAUGGUUUAGUCACAAAAGAAAUUGGUAACAUAGCCGCGGGAAGUAGUUUGGCGAUGGGGGUGCAGCGAUUUUGCCGAGAUGCCGGGUUGUUGCGAUUUUGCCAGAGCAACUUACAGUAGUGAGUGGAUACAUUUUCAUACUUUUUCGUACUGGUCCCCCGUUGGAAUCGAACCCACAACCAAUGUUCCCUCUAAUUAUUUUAGUCAUUGAGCAAAUUUCAGGUCUGCUGAGCACAAACUUGAAUGUUGGGAAAAUUCUGUGCAACUUCCGGCGCGCGUUUACUGUGAACCCUGAGGAUGUACCCGCUUUAAGUUACUGUAGGCUACUGUGGCUAUUUGAUCAUAAUGUAGGCCUACCACAGUGGCCUACUAUCAAAAACAAUGGAGAAAAAUGCAUCCCAUAACAUUUUAACAUAGAAAUAGCUGUUCUAUCAUUCAGCCUGCAGUAGCAGCCAAUGUGUGGUGUUCAAUGUAGGCCUACAUUCCAUGAGACUUUUGAAAAAAACAUGCAGGGUUUGACAUUAACCUGUUUAUCCACUUCAGACAAGGUGACUGAAAAUGUUGUCUUGUUUGAUGCAAGAAACCACUUUACAAAAUACAAUUCAUUAUUAUUCCCAUACCAUUAUUACAGAGAAUCAGACAAAUUAUGCUACUCUGUGCCUAUUGGCUACUUAGCGUAUUCAAGACCUUCUCAAAAUACAACACUGCCCCUUUAAGACAUACAAAAAGCUCUUUACCUGACUGGCUUUUCAAAGAUGGCAAGAAAUGUUGUGCUCUUGUAGGAAGCAACCACUCCUACAUUGUUGACCAGAAAUGAUCUAUAACUAGGCUAAUAACUCACUAACUACCAAAGAAUAUGAACAAAUGUGCACACGUGGCUACAUGCAGCUCUUGCUUUGAUCUCAAAACAAGCACAUCUACUCGUGACCGCUCAUACUGUAGCCUAAACACAGACCAGACAGGCCUGAGUCAUGCUUGUCAAUGCAAUAGAAUCCUACUCCAAUGCGCUCUACCUACAAGAAAAUCUAUUGGACAGUUAGUUUUGCAUACUAAUCCUUGCAUAGUUCGUUUUGUUUCAGUAUGUUACAUUGAAAGUGGCUAAUAUUGUGUUGAUUCAAUCACAAUUCCCACAGUAGAGCGAAAUGUUAAUAGUUUUAACUAAAGGGGAAAACACUAUAGAAAGUUGAGUGAAGUUCAAUCUUGUGCUUCUCUGCACGGGCUGAUAUUUCUUCUGUGCACAGUUUAGAGGGAACAUUGCCCACAACCCUAGCAUUGCAAGUGCCAUGCUCUACCAACUGAGCCACAUCAUCACAUCACAUCUUCACAAACCACUUAAUGUCUCAAUGUACUCAAUUACUGUAUUGUGCAUUGUUUUUCUACAUGGUGAUGCAGAUACAAACCUAGAUGACCAUCCUAUGUACAAUACAUUUACCAUCCUAUGUACAAUACAUUUACAUUAAGUGGUUUGUAAGGAUGGUAAAUUAAUACCGCACAAAAAGUUUUUUCUUUCUGUUAUUUUUUUUCUUUCUGGAUUCAAUCGCAGAGAAAGUGACAGGGCAACAACUCUUCCAAUACCUUUUUUGCCAAAGCAGAGAUCCUGAUUCUUUUUUCUUUUUAAAUUAUUAUUAUUUGUAUUUGUUUUCAGCUUUUUCGGGGGGAGCUGCAGAUCCCCUACUUCCUGCGGCUACGGUUCGUAGGCUAUAAUCUGCCCACUCUGGUAUUGGCUAGUGGGCUCUAACCUACUACAUGAUGAGAUUAAUAUGGACAAAAGUGUGAGAUUAUAUUUAUUUGUCAAAUGGCAGCCAAGCAUCGAUCAUGUCACCAGAAUAAGAACCUCGAUAUUUACAGUGAGGGAAUUAAGUAUUUGAUCCCCUGCUGAUUUUGUACGUUUGCCCACUGACAAAGAAAUGAUCAGUCUAUAAGUUUAAUGGUAGGUUUAUUUGAACAGUGAGAGACAGAAUAACAACAACAAAAUCCAGAAAAACGCAUGUCAAAAAUGUUAUAAAUUUAUUUGCAUUUUAAUGAGGGAAAUAAGUAUUUGACCCCUCUGCAAAACAUGACUUAGUACUUGGUGGCAAAACCCUUGAUGGCAAUCACAGAGGUCAGACGUUUCUUGUAGUUGGAUACCAGGUUUACACACAUCUCAGGAGGGAUUUUGUCCUACUCCUCUUUGCAGAUCUUCUCCAAGUCAUUAAGGUUUCGAGGCUGACGUUUGGCAACUCGAACCUUCAGCUCCCUCCACAGAUUUUCUAUUGGAUUAAGGUCUGUAGACUGGCUAGGCCACUCCAGGACCUUAAUGUGCUUCUUCUUGAGCCACUCCUUUGUUGCCUUGGCCGUGUGUUUUGGGUCAUUGUCAUGCUGGAAUACCCAUCCACAACCCAUUUUCAAUGCCCUGGCUGAGGGAAGGAGGUUCUCACCCAAGAUUUGACGGUACAUGGCCCUGUCCAUCGUCCCUUUGAUGCGGUGAAGUUGUCCUGUCCCCUUAGCAGAAAAACACCCCCAAAGCAUAAUGUUUCCACCUCCAUGUUUGACGGUGGGGAUGGUGUUCUUGUGGUCAUAGGCAGCAUUCCUCCUCCUCCAAACACGGCGAGUUGAGUUGAUGCCAAAGAGCUCGAUUUUGGUCUCAUCUGACCACAACACUUUCACCCAGUUCUCCUCUGAAUCAUUCAGAUGUUCAUUGUCAAACUUCAGACGGGCCUGUAUAUGUCCUUUCUUGAGCAAGGGGACCUUGCAGGCGCUGCAGGAUUUCAGUCCUUCACAGCGUAGUGUGUUACCAAUUGUUUUCUUGGUGACUAUGGUCCCAGCUGCCUUGAGAUCAUUGACAAGAUCCUCCCGUGUAGUUCUGGGCUGAUUACUCACCGUUCUCAUGAUCAUUGCAAUUCCACGAGGUGAGAUCUUGCAUGGAGCCCAGGGCCGAGUGAGAUUGACAGGUCUUUUGUGUUUCUUCCAUUUGCGAAUAAUCACACCAACUGUUGUCACCUUUUCACCAAGCUGCCUUUUGUAGGUCUACAAUCUUGUCCCUGACAUCCUUGGAGAGCUCUUUGGUCUUGGCCAUGGUGGAGAGUUUGGAAUCUGAUUGAUUGAUUGCUUCUGUGGACAGGUGUCUUUUAUACAGGUAACAAACUGAGAUUAGGAGCACUCCCUUUAAGACUGUGCUCCUAAUGUCAGCUCGUUACCUGUAUAAAAGACACCUGGGAGCCAGAAAUCUUACACAAUGUAUAAUCUCGGAAACCCAGAACUAAAAUAUUGCGUAAUUGCAUCAGAUGCUCGAUUUUCUGGGGGCAGAUGUGUUAGAAAAGGUACUAGAGCAAGUGGAAUCAGGUCUGUAGCUUCACCCCCUCUCUUUGCAAUUUGUGGCAGGUCUAUGGGCCAAAUGUCCCCUCUACCCCCCUUGCAAAAUUCCCAAGAUGCAAGCACCUGCGAAAUCGCUGAAUAAAAAGAACACAAUACAUUUACAAAAUCCAUAAAUGUAUAAUUAUUGUGAAAUGUAUAUCUAUAGGCUACAUUGGGGAUUUUCUUUCAUAAUUUUUUUAAAUAUCUGGCAUUAGCGUGUAAGUCUACACUUUAGGGUCUAACUGUAAACACGCCGAAUAGCCUACACGCCAAUCGCCAAAAUGCUUUUGGGAACGGGCAGAAAAAGUCAGGACAAUAACCAGAUUUCCUUCCAACCUUUUUAUGCUAGUACAGUAGCAUACAUGUCGGAUGAAAAAUGUAAUGACAGGCCUGAUGGAAACAGGUAGGCUAAACUUUCCAAAUGUCGACAAAACAAAAUACUCUAGACAAGGUGGGAUCUUUUUGUGUCGGUAAAAUAAAUUAUGUGACAAAUGUUGGUGGAAACGCUUGUAUGCGCAAAUAUUGAUAUACUGUAAUAACCAUCAAGUCGAAGUAAACUUGGAGUCACGUGAUGACAUGUUGUGUGGUCCUCCCACUACCACUCGUCGGGAAAGCAUGCAGUUUACAGUUUACUACAGAUUAAAUAAUUAAUUAUGAUGAACUUCACAGGGUGGUGAAAGUGCACAGUGAUGAGGGUGACGCUCCUUUCAAUAAAAAGGCCACAGGUCAGGAGGAACAGGCAGGGAAUGGUAAAGUUGCACAAUACACUAGAUGGCGCUAUAUUUUUACUGUCAUACAUUAGUCCCUUUCAUCUUCCUGUCCAGUGUGUCACAGUUUCCAAUAUGGCGGCAUCCAUAGCCGGGUAUUUUUCACGUGUAUCGUGGCAUGGUUCUUGUAUUAUUUUGAAAAACACACUCCCAUGUAUAACGUUAAGAUACAGGUUUAAUCGCUCUGCAACAACCCAAAGUGGACUUCUUUUUUCUCUAAAUAAACGGGGCAUUUUGAAGGACGCUUUCCCCGAAAACGCAGCCCAAGAUCAACUUCCUCAACUGCUGCAGUCUGGGUGCCAGACCGUGUACUGCGGAUUCGACCCCACGGCAGACAGCCUUCACGUGGGUAAUUUACUCGCCAUCAUCGGGCUAUUGCAUUUUCGAAGCGCAGGACAUAAUGUCAUCGCUCUAAUCGGUGGUGCAACAGCACAGAUAGGGGACCCAAGCGGGAAAACGAGCGAGAGAGAGCAGCUACCCUCUGAUGUAUUGGAGGACAAUACACGGGCUAUCAGGGAGAGCUUGCAGCGAAUCUUCACCAACCAUGAACUGAAUUUCCACAACGACUCUAAAAAGCUUGGCACUGUAACCCUAUUGAAUAAUUUAGCUUGGUACAAAGACUGGAAUGUGGUUGCUUUUCUGUCAGAAGUUGGCAGACGUUUCCGAAUGGGGACCCUGCUCAGUAGGCACAGUGUCCAGUCCAGGUUGAAGAGUGCAGAGGGCAUGAGCCUAACUGAGUUCUCCUACCAGCUGUUUCAAGCCUAUGACUUCUACCACCUGAACCAGAAUCACAGCUGUAAGAUCCAGCUGGGAGGGACAGACCAACUGGGCAACCUGAUGUCUGGGCAUGAGUUCAUACACAAGUAAUGUUGCAUCAGAUUCAUUGGACACACACACACACACAGAGAGACAUUUGCAAAUGAAUUGACCAAUUAUCACAUUGAUUCCAGAUAUUGUAGCCUAGCAUCUGCAUGAUGCAUCAGACACCAGAGUGAUGCUUCAAGGCCAUAAAUAGCCUAUAGUAAUAAACAUGCAAUAACACACACUUGCCUCAACAUUAACUGACCAGUGAUGGUCUCUUUAAUAUCCAUUAUAUCAAUUUCUCUGUGACAGGGUGACUGGACAGGACGUGUAUGGGCUGACCAUCCCACUAGUGACCAGCUCUGCGGGGGACAAGCUGGGGAAGACAGCAGGCAAUGCAGUGUGGCUGAACAGGGACAAGACGUCUCCGUUUGACCUCUAUCAGUUCUUCCUCAGGCAGCCUGACAGCAGUGUGGAAUGGUAGGUGGCUGGAGACUGAGACCCCAAUAGAACUGGACCCACUUAUCAGAGCAUUCUAUUUAGGCUUAUAUUCAUUCUCGUAUAAUUUGAUGGUUUGUUUGUAUAGACUAGGUCCACUUGGCUAAACCUGAGUUUGUGAAACCGGCCUUGGGCAGUAUUGAAGCGUCUCAGAGUAGGAGUGUUGAUCUUGGAUAAAGUCCCCGCUCUAUGAUUUAAAAGGCGAAACUAGAUCAGCACACCUACUCUGAGACACUUUGUGAACAUGGGACCUGAUAGUAUUAGCACCUGAGUGUAGCCUAUGUAUGGUGAUGUUGGAGACUGAGUCAGUGUUGAUUGAUUGUGCUACCUGCAGGUAUCUGAAGCUAUUCACCUUCCUACCCCUGGCCGAGGUGGAGAGGGUGAUGGAGCAGCAGAGACAGGAGCCAGGCAAACGGCCCGCACACAAACGCCUCGCUGCCGAAAUCACCAAACUGGUCCACGGCAAGGAGGGUCUGGAGAGUGCCAAAAGGUGAGGAGUGUGUGCGUGUGUCCGUGUGUGUUGUAUGAGUGCACAUGUGUAUAGGUCAUUUGGGUGUCAUUAAUGAGGUCUCGCUUGGCACUAUUAAUAAUGCUAUGUGCAUGUGUGUAUGUGUUCCUCUCCAGGUGCACCAAUGCCCUGUACCACUGUAACAUACAGGCCCUGGAGCAGAUGAGCGAUGCUGAGCUGCAGGAGCUUUUCAGAGAGGCCCCCUUCCAUGAGCUGCUGCUGGAGCCAGGGACCACAGUACUGGAUGCCUGCCGCAGGGCAGAGGCCAUACCCCAGGGGGCCAAAGGGUAGGGCUCCCCCUUUACGUUCCUCUGUUCGUUAUACCUGACCCGACAACCUCACAUGGAGGGUCGCUCACUCUAUGUUUCACCUACUUCCACCCAAAUGGCUUUUGCACGCUAUCUCUCUUGUUCUCUAUUUAUUUUUUCCUUUAACACUAGGACCGCCUUUCAGCCUGUAAGAAUGUUGAGAACAUUGCCAGGCAUCCCCUUUAGCAUACGCAUCAGAUGCAUAUCAACCCGCAAGGCGUACAGAGGCCCAUUAUCAGCAACCAUCAGUCCUGUGUUCCAAUGGCACGUUGUGUUUGCUAAUCCAAGUUUAUCAUUUUAAAAGGCUAAUUGAUCAUUUAUGUUAGCACAGCUGAAAACUGUUGUGCUGAUUAAAGAACCAAUAAAACUGGCCUUCUUGAGACUAGUUGAGUAUCUGGAGCAUCAGCAAUUGUGGGUUCGAUUACAGGCUCAAAAUGGCCAGAAACAAAGAACUUUCUUCUGAAACUCGUCAAUCUAUUCUUGUUCUGAGAAAUGAAGGCUAUUCCAUGCGAGAAAUUGCCAAGAAACUGAAGGUCUCGUACAACGCUGUGUACUACUCCCUUCACAUAACAGCGCAAACUGGCUCUAACCAGAAUAUAAAAAAUAGUGGAAGGCCCCGGUGCACAACUGAGCAAGAGGACAAAUACAUUAGUGUCUAGUUUGAGAAACAGACGCCUCACAGGUCCUCAACUGGCAGCUUCAUUAAAUAGUACCCGCAAAACACCAGUCUCAACGUCAACAGUGAAGAGGCGACUCCGGGAUGCUGACCUUCUAGGCAGAGUUGCAAAGAAAAAGCCAUAUCUCAGAAUGGCCAAUAAAAAGAAAAGAUUAAGAUGGGCAAAAGAACACAAACACUGGACAGAGGAAGAUUGGAAAAAAGUGUUAUGGACAGACAAAUCGAAGUUUGAGGUGUUCACAUCAAAAAUAAGAACAUUUGUGAGACGCAGACCAAAUGAAAAGAUGCUGGAGGAGUGCUUGAUGCCAUCUGUCAAGUAUGGUGGAGGCAAUGUGAUGGUCUGGGGGUGCUUUGGUGGUGGUAAAGUGGGAGAUUUGUACAGGGUAAAAGGGAUCUUGAAGAAGGAAGGCUAUCACUCCAUUUUGCAACGCCAUGCCAUAACCUGUGGACGGCACUUGAUUGGAGCCAAUUUCCUCCUACAACAGGACAAUGACCCAAAGCACAGCUCCAAACUAUGCAAUAACUAUUUAGGGAAGAAGCAGUCAGCUGGUAUUCUGUCUAUAAUGGAGUGGCCAGCACAGUCACCGGAUCUCAACCCUAUUGAGCUGUUGUGGACAGCAGCUUGACCGUAUGAUACUUAAGAAGUGCCCAUCAAGCAAUCAAACUUGUGGGAGGUGCUUCAGGAAGCAUGGGGUGAAAUCUCUUCAGAUUACCUCAACAAAUUGACAACUAGAUUGCCAAAAGGUCUGCAAGGCUGUAAUUGCUGCAAAUGGAGGAUUCUUUGACGAAAGACACAAUUAUUAUUUCAAUUAAAAAUCAUUAUUUCUAACCUUGUCAAUGACUACAUUUCCUAUUCAUUUUGCUAUAUUUCCUAUUCAAACUCAUUUCAUGUAUGUUUUCAUGGAAAACGAGGACAUUUCUAAGUGACCCCAAACUUUUGAAUGGUAGUGUAUACUGAACAAAAAUAUAAAUGCAACAUGCAACAAUUUCAACGAUUUUACUGAGUUACAGUUCAUAAAUGGAUUUCACAUGACUAGGCAGGGUGGACCUGGGCGGGCAUCAAAUCAAAUCAAAUCAAAUUGUAUUGGCCACAUACGCCGAAUACAACAGGUGCAGACAUUACAGUGAAAUGCUUACUUACAGCCCUUAACCAACAGUGCAUUUAUUUUUAAUAAAAAAAAGUAGAAUAAAACAACAAAAAAGUGUUGAGAAAAAAAGAGCAGAAGUAAAAUAAAAUAACAGUAGGGAGGCUAUAUAUACAGGGGGGUACCAGUGCAGAGUCAAUGUGCGGGGGCACCGGCUAGUUGAGGUAGUUGAAGUAAUAUGUACAUGUGGGUAGAGUUAAAGUGACUGCAUAAAUAAUGAACAGAGUAGCAGCAGUGUAAAAAGAUGGGGUAGGGGGGGCAGUGCAAAUAGUCCGGGUAGCCAUGAUUAGGUGUUCAGGAGUCUUAUGGCUUGGGGGUAGAAGCUGUUGAGAAGUCUUUUGGACCUAGACUUGGCACUCCGGUACCGCUUGCCGUGCGGUAGCAGAGAGAACAGUCUAUGACUAGGGUGGCUGGAGUCUUUGACAAUUUUGAGGGCCUUCCUCUGACACCGCCUAUAGAGGUCCUGGAUGGCAGGAAGCUUGGCACCAGUGAUGUACUGGGCCGUACGCACUACCCUCUGUAGUGCCUUGCGGUCGGAGGCCAAGCAGUUGCCAUACCAGGCGGUGAUGCAACCAGUCAGGAUGCUCUCGAUGGUGCAGCUGUAGAAUCUUAUUGAGGAUAUGAGGACCCAUGCCAAAUCUUUUCAGUCUCCUGAGGGGGAAUAGGCUUUGUUGUGCCCUCUUCACGACUGUCUUGGUGUGUUUGGACCAUGAUAGUUUGUUGGUGAUGUGGACACCAAGGAACUUGAAGCUCUCAACCUGUUCCACCACAGCCCCGUCGAUGAGAAUGGGGGCGUGCUCAGUCCUCUUUUUUUUUCUCCUGUAGUCCACAAUCAUCUCCUUUGUCUUGGUCACGUUGAGGGAGAGGUUGUUAUCCUGGCACCAUACGGCCAGGUCUCUGACCUCCUCCCUAUAGGCUGUCUCAUCGUUGUCGGUGAUCAGGCCUACCACUGUUGUGUCGUCGGCAAACUUAAUGAUGGUGUUGGAGUCGUGCCUGGCCAUGCAGUCAUGGGUGAACAGGGAGUACAGGAGGGGACUGAGCACGCACCCCUGAGGGGCCCCCGUGUUGAGGAUCAGUGUGGCAGAUGUGUUGUUACCUACCCUUACCACCUGGGGGCGGCCCGUCAGGAAGUCCAGGAUCCAGUUGCAGAGGGCGGUGUUUAGUCCCAGGAUCCUUAGCUUAGUGAUGAGCUUUGAGGGCACUAUGGUGUUGAAUGCUGAGCUGUAGUCAAUGAAUAGCAUUCUCACGUAGGUGUUCCUCUUGUCCAGGUGGGAAAGGGCAGUGUGGAGUGCAAUAGAGAUUGCAUCAUCUGUGGAUCUGUUGGGGCGGUAUGCAAAUUGGAGUGGGUCUAGGGUUUCUGGGAUAAUGGUGUUGAUGUGAGCCAUGACCAGCCUUUCAAAGCACUUCAUGGCUACAGACGUCAGUGAUACGGGUCGGUAGUCAUUUAGGCAGGUUAUCUUAGAGUCCUUGGGCACGGGGACUAUGGUGGUCUGCUUGAAACAUGUUGGUAUUACAGACUCAGUCAGGGACAUGUUGAAAAUGUCAGUGAAGACACUUGCCAGUUGGUCAGCACAUGCUCGGAGUACACAUCCUGGUAAUCCAUCUGGCCCUGCAGCCUUGUGAAUGUUGACCUGCUUAAAAGUCUUACUCACAUCGGCUACGGAGAGCGUGAUCACAUAGUCAUCCGGAACAGCUGGUGCUCUCAUGCAUGCUUCAGUGUUGCUUGCCCACCAACUUGGGAGACAGGCCCAGCCAAUCAGAAUGAGUAUUUCUCCACAAAAAGGCUUUAUUACAGACAGAAAUACUCCUCAGUUUCAUCAGCUGUCCGGGUGGCUGGUCUCAGACGAUCCCACAAAAAAAUUGUCAAAGACUCCAGCCACCCUAGUCAUAGACUGUUCUCUCUGCUACCGCACGGCAAGCGGUACCGGAGCGCCAAGUCUAUGUCCAAAAGGCUUCUUAACAGCUUCUACCCCCAAGCCAUAAGACUCCUGAACAGCUAAUCAAAUGGCUGCCCAGACUAUUUGCAUUGUUCCCCCACCCCCUCUUUUACGCUGCUGCUACUCUCUGUUUAUUAUCUAUGCAUAGUCACUUUAACUCUACCUACAUGUACAUAUUACCUCAAUUACCUCGACUAACCUGUGCCCCCGCACAUUGACUCUGUACCGGUACCCCCUGUAUAUAGCCUCGCUACUGUUAUUUUACUGCUGCUCUUUAAUUAUUUGUUAUUUUGAUUUUUUUAGUUAUCUAUUUUUUACUUAACACUUAUUUUUCUUAAAACUGCAUUGUUGGUUAAGGGCUUGUAAGUAAGCAUUUCACCUGUUGUAUUCGGCGCAUGUGACAAAUACAAUUUGAUUUGAUUUGAGGUGAAGAAGCUGGAUAUCGAGGUCCUGGGCUGGCGUGGUUACACGUGGUGUGCGGUUGUGAGGCCGAUUGGACGUACUGCCAAGUUCUCUAAAACGAUGUUGGAGGCGACUUAUGGUAGAGAAAUGAACAUUCAAUUCUCUGGCAACAGCUCUAGUGGACAUUCCUGCAGUCAGCAUGCCAAUUGCACACUCCCUCAACUUGAGACAUCUGUGGCAUUGUGUUGUGUGGACAAAACUGCACAUUUUAGAGUGGCCUUUUAUUGUCCCCAGCACAAGGUGCACCUGUGUAAUGAUCAUGCUGUUUAAUCAGCUUCUUGAUAUGCCACACCUGUCAGGGGGAUGGAUUAUCUUGACAAAGGAGAAAUGCUCACUAACAGGGAUGUAAACUAAUUUGUGCACAGAAUUGGAGAGAAAUAAGCUUUUUGUGCGUAUGGAAAAUUUCUGGGAUCUUUUUUUUUUUAACUCAUUAAACAUGGGAACUUUACAUGUUGCAUUUAUAUUUUUGUUCAGUAUAGAAAUCAAAACGUUUUACCUGCAUGUGACUCUGAAGGACGAUUUGAUAAAGUGAUGCUCCUUUCCCUGCAUCUGUCAAAUCCAAGCUGCGCCCAUCUCUACAUUUUGACAACUGAUAAUAUUGUCACUCAUCAGACUAUUGUCAAUUUAAUCUUGUCUUUAGGAUAACUUUUAUUAUGUGUGGAAGUAGUUUUGGUAUAGUUUAGGUGUAGUUUCGUUGGCCGGCUGCGAAAGCUGACAGGUAUCGUUUGUUUCCCCAUCAACUUGGAUAGAGUCAAGGAUAUGUUUUGCAUUAUUCUAAAGGGCUACUGCAACACGCAGCAUGUUUUAGUUUCAUCUUCCGUAACAUCUUCGUAAAGAGAAUGGUAUCAACCUGCAGUCAAAUGAUUAACAUGAGCCCCAACGCUGAUAAAUAGACAUAACACAAGCUCUUCAUUACACUAUUGUUGUUCUAAAUUAAAUCAACCUCUUCACCCUCCUUAUCAUUCAGUUAGGCCUCACUUAAAUUUGAUUGUGAAGUAACGUGCAUCGGGCUGUGGCGGUCAUAAAAUUCUGUCAGCCGGUUAUUGUCAUGCAAAUCUCACGGUAAUUGACCAUUAAUGAACAUAAACAUCUUUAGCAUCUCCAGGCCUCCGCAUACAAGUUGCUGAUGCGUGCCUUUGGAACGUCUGCAUUUAAAAUGUCUAAUAAAUCAGUUUAAUAUACACCAUCAAUAUAAAUCCAUUAUUCAUUUUAGGCAGCUUUAAAGAAACAUUAUAAUAUGAAGAAAAUGUACACUGUAGGACCAAAAGUAUGUGGACACCUGCUUGUCGAACAUCUUAUUCCAAAAUCCCCUUUUGCUGCUAUAACAGCCUCCUCUCUUCUGGGAAGGCUUUCCACUACAUGUUGAAACAUUGCUGCGGGGACUUGCUUCCAUUCAGCCAUAAGAGCAUUAGUGAGGUCGGGCACUGAUGUUGGGCGAUUAGGCCUGGCUCGCAGUUGCCGUUCCAAUUCAUCCCAAAGGUAUUCGAUGGGGUUCAAGUCAGGUCUUUGUGCAGGCCAGUCAAGUUUUUCCACACCGAUCUCGACAAACCAUUUCUGUAUGGACCUCGCUUUGUGCACAGGGGCAUUGGCAUGCUGAAACAGGAAAGUGCCUUCCCCAAACUGUUGCCACAAAGUUGGAAGCACAGAAUCAUCUAGAAUGUCAUUGUAUGCUGUAGCGUUAAGAUUUCCCUUCACUGGAACUAAGGGGCCUAGCUACUACGCGCUUCAGCACUCGGCGGUCCCGUUCUGUGAGCUUGUGUGGCCUACCACUUCGCGGCUGAGCCGUUGUUGCUCCUAGACGUUUCCACUUCAUAAUAACAGCACUUACAGUUGACCAAGGCAGCUCUAGCAGGGUAGAAAUUUGACUUGUUGGAAAGGUGGCAUCCAAGGAUGGUGCCACGUUGAAAGUUACUGAGCUGUUCUGUAAGCCCAUUCUACUGCCAAAGAUUGUCUAUGGAGAUUGCAUGGUGGUGUGCUCGAUUUUAUACACCUGUCAGCAACAGGUGUGGCUGAAAUGGCUGAAUCCACUAAUUUGAAGGGGUGCCCACAUACUUUUGUAUAUAUAGUGUAUGUUUUGCAUUAUUCUAAAGGCCUAUGCAACACAUAGCAUGUUUUCGUUUCCCUUACAAUAAAUGUGAUUAUUUAUAAUAAAUAAAACAGUCCAGUAAGUAACAGCUUCUAAUAUACAAAGUAAAACCUAAAAGAUAAUGAUAUCAGCCCGCAAGUCGCAUGGUCAAAUGAUUUGCUAUAAACAUGAGCGCCAACGCUGAUAAAUAGGCAUAACACAAACUCAUCAUUACACUGUUGUUCUAAAUGUAAUCAACCUCUUCACCCUCCUUAUCAUUCAGUUAGUCCGAAUUUAAAUUAAAUUGUGAAGUAACGUGCACAAUUAUUGCCCAUUCAUCCAUUUGUCAUUCAUUCAGUGAGGAGAGAGAGGCACAUUAGCGCUUGGCUGGGUACCAAUGUCCUACAACCCAUUGUCUUGGUGGGUUAAGUUGGGAAUAGGUGUGGGGGGGAAAUUGUAAAAAGGCUCUAAAUACUUUUCUGUUUGUGAUUUAAAAAUUCUGACAAGUGAGCGAUGUAAAAUACAAACAUUUAACAAAAGUCAGGGAAGGAGCAGGACUUUUUUUGGGGGGGUCGAUUUUAAUUUGAUUUACAAAAUGAAAUGUCAGUGGCCGUUGCUUUCUGUGUUUGUUUCUCUCUCACUCCCUCUAUUUCUCUCAAAUUCUUCAUUUUUUUGUCUGUCUGGCUUUCAAACGGUGUUAACUGACUAUUUCUGUGUUGUGUUGUGAUGUGCUGCAGGUAUCGCAUGGUAUCAGAAGGAGCUGUAUGGAUCAACCACAGUAAGACAGACUGCCCAGAGCAGGUACUGAUCCCUGGCCAGCACAUCCUGGCCAACGGACUUUCUCUCCUCAGAGUGGGCAAGAAGAACUUCCACAUCAUCAAGUGGCUGAAUCUGUGAGUGGCACUGGGACCUUAGAACUCCUAUGGACUGUUUGUGGACUGGAGGUAGGACCGCAAGCUGGGAGGCUUAGGUGAAGGGAGAUGGAUAUUGGAAAUGGACCUGUAUUGUUUCAAUACAUCCCUGUUUGUGUCUGAGGGAAUGUAGUGCACUAUAUAUGUGUGGAUUGAAUGAUACUGUAAGAUAUGGUAUUAAAUAUAUUUUUCUUGUUAGUUGUAUGUAAACAGUUUUAUUUUUGUGAUUAUUAGAUAGCAAAUUUGCCUAGUAUUGAAUUUCACCAUUAGGGGUCAGUAUCGUCUUGUCUUUAAAUGAGGAUCAGGAAAAGCCUCCUGGAGCAAGCCUGAAGCAAAGCUUGGUUGUAAGACCCUAGUUACAUCCAGGAAUUAAAAUUCAAUGGCAAAAAUAUCUGACAGCUAAAAUAAAUGAUCAUUUGAAAUGAAAUAAAAUGACAAUAGGAAUAGGGAACUAGAGAAGUACAUUUCCUGAAGAAAAUGUGUGCUUGCUAGCUUGUUUUAAAGUAUUUAUGGUUU